GAAUUUUUACCGACCAAAAUGGAAACAUAUUGAAGUAUUUCAAGACAGAUAAAGCCAUGCCUUUGUAAAAACAAACAUAUCUGGUUGACUGAAAAGAGCUAUUUAGUAAAAUUAAGACUAGUAUGAGGAAUGUAACUGACAGUAAUAAAAUCAAAGCCAAAAAUAAAUGCCACAUUUCCACACCAGGGAGCAUACAGAAGGCCAGCAUAACAACAGUGACAUUGACAGGUAGAGCUAUAACUUGAGUGAUUAUGACUGAAUACAAGAAAAUUGUUCUGCUGAAAGGAUUAGAGAACAUGAAUGAUUAUCAGUUUGCAGCAGUUAAGUCCUUACUGGUCAAAGACUUAAAACUGACGAGAAAAAUGCAAGAUGACUAUAACAGAAUUAGGAUUUCUGAUUUGAUGGAAGAAAAGUUCCCAGGUGCUGCCUGUGUGGAGAAGUUAAUAGAACUGGUCAAAGAUAUAGAAUCCCUUAAAGGCCUUGCUGACAAGCUUCGGAAAGAGAAGUUAAAAGUUGCUAGGAAAAUGAGAGCAAAAGGAAGAACUCCAGUAAAAAAGAAUCAGGAAGAAGUGGGUCCUGCUACACCUGCACCCACCACAAGUGAUGCUCUGACAUCUGAAGGAGCAGACAAGACCCCUGUGCCUCAGAAAAGAAAAGUGACAAUCCAAGAAAGCACUGAAGCCAAAAGGAAUAAGGCAUCCCAAGAGCAGAGUCAGCCUUUCUUUCCUCCAAGACCCAGCACACCUGCAGCAAUGGGCCAUCCCUUACCUGCCCAGAUAGCAUCACCAACUCCAUCCAACACGUCCGCAACUCAGAAUCAGAACACUCAGGCACAACGUCAGGCGGCUGCCAGGGGAAAUGUUCUCCAAAAAGACCAAAUGACAGUGAUGGUACUGAAAGCAACACAGCCAUUUGAAUAUGAGUCCCCUGACAAAGGGAAAAACAAAAUGUUUCAUGCUACAGUGGUCAGUAAGACUCAGUUUUACCAAGUGAAGGUUUUCGACAUCAACUUGAAAGACAAAUUCGUAAAACUGAAGAUCAUUACCGUAUUUGAUUACAUGGAAUGUAAUGGAAUCCUGGAGAUAAAUGAAGCAUCAUCCGUGUCUGAAGUUGGGCUUGAUCCAAAGUUUGAGGUCCCAAACAGCAUUAUCAGAAAUGCAAUCAAAACUCCCAAAAUCAAUUAUCUCCACAAACAAGCAUCAGGAACAAUGGUGUAUGGGUUGUUUAAGUUACAAAAGAAAACAGUGAACAAGACAAACACAGUCUAUGAAAUACAAGAUAAUACAGGAAGCAUGAAGGUAGUGGGGAAUGGAAAAUGGCAUGAUAUCAAGUGUGAAGAAGGAGAUAAACUUCGACUCUACUGCUUUCAACUGAGAACAAUUGACUAUACGAUGAAAUUGAUGUGUGGAAUUCACAGUUUCAUCAAGCUAGAUGCUCAUGACUUUGUGAUUAAUUACAUGAUGAUGACGAGAAACAGAAAAGGUUCAAGGAACAUUCAAAGACGAUUCAAGGAUAUUCUGCAGGAUAAACAGUGAUGCUUCACUAACAUUGAGGAUGCCUGAGAAGAACAUGAUCCAGGGAGUGAAAAUCUUCUGUUUUGGACAGGAGGAAUUUGAUAUACCUCUUCAUAAAUCUGGGGAUAUGAAGAUCUAAAUAUACAGAUCUGGAAUAAAAAAGUGAUUUUGUACUGAACAUGUAUGUAUUUGUCAGUUUAGAGAUUUGUCAGUUUAAGUUAUGUGUUUGGAUUAUGUUAUGCAAAUGUAAAGUAAAAUAAUAGUAUGUACAUUUAUGCUAACAGAAAACAUUGAACAUUCGCUGUAUGUUAGGAAAUUUUCUAAGUACUGUAAGUAUCUCAGCUCAAUUAAUCCAUACAAGAGACAACGAUGAAGGUACAGUUAUUAUUCCCUUCUCCUAGAUACAGAUACUAAUCCUCAUAAAGAAUUUGCCCUAAUUGACACAAGCAGCUAGUGGGAGAACUGAGGUUGCAGUUCAUGCUGCCUGGUUCAAGAAUACAGAUUUUUAGGGAAGAUGAAUGAGAUUAGACACAUGAGAGUGAAGCCAUGGAAAAGACCUUUAUCUAUUUAGGAGUGGCCAGAGGUAAAGGAUACUGCAAAUGAGAAUGAAAAUGAGUGAAUAGAGGAGGCAAAGGAAAACGGAAAGUGUGUAUAACAAGCAUGAAAAAAAUGUUUAGAAAGAUAUUCAACACUCCUCACACCAAACAGAAAUAACCAAGGGUGCCCUAGUGUCUUUAAAUAACUGUAUCAUAUAUAAAAAAGGUGCUAUUCUUUAUUGAAAAGAAAUUUCUAGCCAAUAAAAUAAAAAUGUAAUUGCCUCUACAUGACAUCAUGCCAAAUAUCUCAUUCCAAAAACCACACUCGCGACAAGCACAGAGGCUCACAAUGGGAGUCUUGAGAGCACGAGUCAAAGCUAAAUUUAAAUGCAAAGGAUUAAAUUGGAAAUACUAACAUAAUCAAGCACAUAGAAAUACACAUGAACCUCAAUUUUCCACAUCUCAAAUUCCCUAAUUCAACAAUGCCUCUAUCCUAAUCUAAGGAGGACCAGUUACAUCAUGAAAACUUCUUACUGAUUAUAGUCACCUGCCAAUAUUUUGCCUGCCUUGGGUCUGUCCUUAAUGUGUUGCACUGGAUGAAUAAGCUAUUGCCCUUCUCCUGUGGUUCUGUCUUGAUCCCUUUAUGGAGCCCCUGCUCUGUUCUAACAUGCCCAUGAGGAAAUGUCUCUAUUCAGGCUCCAGACCAUGUCCAGAGGAGGACUCAAAAUAUGGUAAUGCAUUAAAGGGGAUCGCUAAGAGAAACAGUGACAUCUGAGAAGGAAUAAGAAGAGCACUGUAGCCAAUAGGAGGGACAGACGUUGUGAGUGAUGGGAGAAUUAUGAGCAGAGAUUCAUCUCAAUACCUGAGAUCUCACUGUGUCUUUCUUCUCUCUCCUUCCAGGUCAUCAAGACCAAGAAAAACAAGAAAAUAUUAAUGAAUAUUAAUUGAAAUCUGCAAAUUGAAACACACAACCUUGUACAAAUCAAUUAGAUCUUCAAUAAUAGGGUUUUUGUGCAAAAGUUAAGACUUUCAUUUAAUUCAGAAGAUUUCAUUUAGAUUCAGAAGAUAUAUCCUAGCAUAUUAAGAGCUUUUAUAGCUGAGUUGUAGAUUAGGUUACUUUCUAAAAUAAAAUUUUCUUCUUAUACUCUUCUGUAUUUUCUAUGAACUUUGCAUCUAUGACAUUCUGAAUUCAAAAAAUAAAAUAAAAAAAUGUAAAGGACAUAAAGUUUCAGCGAUGUCCUCUUAAUUUCAAUAGUGACCUGCUUGAGACAGGUGCUUUGGGCACUGGGAGGCCCACAGAGCAGAACACACAGGAUGGGGCACAGUGAGAGCCUCAUCAGCACUGGGGUCUUCAUUGUGAUUUCCUAAAUAAGGUUCCAAUUAGAGUCAUGUGUGAGUUUAUACAACCCGUGCCUGAAAGAAUAAGUUCUGUACCCUUGGAAUGUGUUCAGUAGGUCCAGAGGAAAUAAUUCUGUUAGGCAGCUAUGUCCCCCAGAAGCAGAAUAUCUGGGUAAUUUGUCUCUCUGAGAGGGACACCGUUGGUGAUUUGCACAAAGCUACCAAUAUGUGUAAGAAGCUUCCCAUUCCUAGUUGCUGUGGAUUCUCAUACCCUAUUCAUUUGAUUUGUACAUACAUCUCAUUAUUAGUAUUACAAGUAUAUUUUCAAAUGCUCACAUCUUAAAUGUUUGGAUACUAGGCAAAAACUACUCAGUAGAAAUAUA